AAUUUUGCAGUACUGGCUCUAAUUGGCCGAGGUUUCGAUUAAAAAAAGAAAACAAUAACACGGAAAAUGUAAAGUGCUCGGGAAAUUGGAAUAAACAAACACUGAUAACAAACUGUGCACAAUGGAUAUUGCCCACAUUGAGCUGAGCGUGGAGGCGCUAAUUGGCUCCCUUGUGGCCCUGAGCGUACUCUUUCUCUUUUGUCGCAGCAUUCUGGCCGAAGAUAUUGUGAUUUGCAUAUCUGGUAAAACACGUCACAGUUGGAAAUCAAUAAAAAUUCUCGAACAAGCUUGCUUCUGCAAUGUUUGUGAAAUUUUGUUGACACCUUCGGCCGGACUCUUUUGUGACUGUUGCGGCCUUUGCACGCAUUCGGCGCCAACGUGUCAGAAGCAGGCCGAUGCCAAUUAUCACUGUAAGGACAAGUGGCUGCGCAAUGCGGAUUCAGUGAGUCAUUUAUGGGUGCGCGGCAACUUGCCCAUGAGCUACAGCUGCGCCGAAUGCGGUCAGGAAGCUGAACCGGAUCAUCACAGCAGCUCAGCCGGUCCAGGACUCUACGGCUGGCGUUGUGCUUGGUGUCAACGCUGCUACCACGACAAUUGCUACAAGAAUGUAGACACCAAAGCUACGUGUGACUUUGGCGAAUUUCGAGACAUGAUCUAUCCGCCCUAUUGCAUUGUGGCGGCCAGAACUCGUGAAUCUGUGCGUCUGCAUUUGGCUGGGAUUAAGCCACCCAAUAUUGAGAACUGGGAACCUUUGAUUGUAAUUGCCAAUACCAAGUCGGGCAGCAGUACGGGCUCCAAUGUCCUGUCCCUGCUGCGUGGCUUCUUACAUCCUAUGCAAGUCAUGGAACUGGGCACACGUGGUCCACAGGAUGCCCUGCAGUGGGUGGCAAAAACAAGUCCACGACCAUGUCGCAUUCUGGUCGCUGGUGGUGAUGGCACCAUUGGCUGGGUCCUCAAUACUAUCUACACGCUGAACAUCAAACCACAGCCAUCGGUGGCCAUCAUGCCGCUAGGCACCGGCAACGAUUUGUCCCGUGUGCUUGGCUGGGGCGCUGAACCGCCCUCGGAGCUCGAUCCGCUGAAGAUUUUGCGCAGCAUUCGACGUUCUCGCUCGGUGAAUCUCGAUCGCUAUGAUCUGCAAAUUGAAAAGCUACACUAUCGCCUGCCAAUUCAAAGACAUCCCAUCAAGACAAUACACGUCUACAACUAUUUCAGCGUGGGUGUGGAUGCCUACAUUACCUACAAUUUCCACAAGACACGAGAAUCUCGCUUUUAUCUGCUGAGCAGUCGCAUAUUUAACAAGUUGUUGUACUUUACGUUUGGCACACAACAAGUUAUGCAGCCAGACUGCGAACGCAUUGAACAGAAACUGACACUGCAUCUGGAUAAUAAGCUGGUUGAGCUGCCGGAACUGCAAUCGCUGGUGUUCCUCAACAUUGAUUCAUGGGGCGCCGGCUGCAAACUAUGCGAAUUGAGCAACUCGAAUGGCGAGACGCGUAUCAUCAAUUCGAUUUCCGAUGGCAUGAUGGAAGUCUUUGGCAUUGUAUCAUCCUUUCACAUUGCCCAGUUACAGUGCAAUAUCAGCAAACCCGUGCGCAUCGGUCAAGCCAAACAGAUAAGGCUACAAGUGAAUGCCACGGUACCCAUGCAAGCAGAUGGAGAACCCUGGAUGCAGGCACCGGCAGACAUUCGUCUACAGUCACGGAGCCAAGCCCGAGUCCUCAAGAUCGAGCCAAGUAUGAACUAAUAACUACUAACAGCAGUAGCAGCGUAACUAGUCCUUUAAAUAUUGCACGCUGAUCAUAAUUUAACCAUGUACUUAACUAUGUAUCGAUAGGAUCAUAAUUCUUCCGUUGUUCCCCAAUCGAAUUUAUUUGUAAGUCUCGAAAGUAGUUUCUUUUUUAGAUUGUAGUUAGCAAAAUUCCCUAAAAAGCAGCUAAAGAUUGAAAUGUAACCAAACUUAAAUAAGACCCAAAAAAUGUAUUGAAAUUGUGCAAUGAAAUUAGCCAAAUUUUACUGAUAAAUGUACAAAAAAUUAAAAAGCAACAGAGAAUACUUAUAAAGUUUACGUCACUUUAUUCUUCUCCUGAUAAAUUGUUAAAUGUUCGACUGGUGUACUAGACAUGCAGAGUUGCAUGCCUCAUAACAUUUUUGGGGGUAUCAUAAUUAUUUGUUUAUGUGUUGUUGUUUGUUGGUAAUAUUGUAUCGAAAGGCGGGUAAUCAACGAAAGCAACCAAGUUCAUCGGUUUAAUGCUUUUAGAGCAUUGUCAACUCCAUGAUGGCAUUGACAAUGUCAUUGCUGUUGUUCUUCAGCGCCUUGAUGGCCUUGGCACGCGUCGUGUUCGCCUGCGUUAUGACCAGCUCAAUGUCCUUUUCGUCGACGCCAGUGUCAUCGAUCUCUUCCUCAUCCUCUUCGGCGAUAGGAGCCACAGAUGUGGUGGCACCCACGCUGUCGGAAGCACCAGCAGCCUCUGGGGCCUUGAACUUCUCAGCAGCGGCAACCUGCGCUUGCUGCGACAGAUCUUCGAUCUUGGCCUCGCCGAACACAAUGUAUGUGUCGCUGUGGGGGUUCUUGUACACAUCUGGGUUGUUGAUGACGAACAGAAUGUUCUUCGACUUGCGAAUGGUGACACGGUUAACGCCCUGGAUUUGCUUCAGGCCCAACUUGAGCAUGAUUUUGCGUGCCUUCUUCUCGCCACGCGACUGCUUAGCCUUGGACACAACAUCGAUGGGCAGGCCGGUUUGGCCACCGCCCAGUUGUGUGGUGCCAGUGUCGGCUUCCUCCAACUCGGGAAUUUCCGAAUCGCUCUCGCUGCCAUCAUCCUCGACGCGAACGUCAUCCUCGGUCUGCUUAGCCUCAGCGGAGGUCGAGGGUGCCUCGUUUUUGAUUUCAGUCAGCUCUGGCAUGUUUACCU